UCUCAGAUGAAGGCUGUGUUGCUCUGACUUCAGCUCUGAGAUCAAACCCCUCACACCUGAGAGACCUGGAUCUGUCCUAUAAUGAUGUAGGAGACUCAGGAGUGAAGUGUCUCUCUGAUCUACUGGAGAAUCCUCUCUGUAAACUGGAGAUAAUAAAAAUCAGUUGUGGUUCAGUUGGAGUGAACGGUGUGUCAGCUCUGGUGUCACUGUUCAGCUCAGAAUCCUCAGGACUGAGAGAAGUGCAUCUGACCCUGGAAACACUCGAUCUGUCCUGGAAUAAAGUGGAAGACUCAGUAGUGAAGGAUCUCUCUGUUGUACUGGCAAAUCCUCACUUUAAAGUGGAGAAUUUGAGGUUGCAGGAUUGUGGUGUCUCAGAUGAAGGCUGUGCUGCUCUGAUUUCAUCUCUGAGAUCAAACCCCUCACACCUGAGAGACCUGGAUCUGUCGAAGAAUAAUGUAGGAGACUCAGGAAUGAAGUCUCUUUCCACUGUCCUGGAGAAUCCUCUCUUUAAACCGGAGAUACUGUGGAUGAUUGAUUGUGGUGUCUCAGGUGAAGGCUGUGCUGCUCUGACUUCAGCUCUGAGAUCAAACCCCUCACACCUGAGAAAGCUGAAUCUGUCCUAUAAUCAUGUUGGAGACUCAGGAGUGAAGUGUCUCUCUGCUGUACUGGAGAAUCCUCUCUGUAAACUGGAGAUACUGAGGUUAGAUUCGUGUGAUGUCUCAGAUGAAGGCUGUGCUGCUCUGACUUCAGCUCUGAGAUCACACCCCUCACACCUGAGAGACCUGGAUCUGUCCCAUAAUCAUGUAGGAGACUCAGGAGUGAAGUGUCUCUGUGCUGUACUGGAGAAUCCUCUCUGUAAACUGGAGACACUGAGGUUGUGGUGGUGUGGUGUCUCAGAUGAAGGCUGUGCUGCUCUGACUUUAGCUCUGAGAUCAAACCCCUCACACCUGAGAGACCUGGAUCUGUCCUGUAAUGAUGUAGGAGACUCAGGAGUGAAGUGUCUCUCUGCUCUACUGCAGAAUCCUCUCUGUAAACUGGAGACACUGAGGUUGCAGUGGUGUGGUGUCUCAGAUGAAGGCUGUGCUGCUCUGACUUCAGCUCUGAGAUCAAACCCCUCACACCUGAGAGAACUGGAUCUGUCCUGUAAUAAUGUAGGAGACUCAGGAGUGAAGUGUCUCUCUGCUCUUAAGGAUGAUGAACAUUACAAACUACAGACACUGACGUUGGAACAUUGUGGUGUCUCAGGUGAAGGCUGUGUUGCUCUGAAUUCAGCUCUGAGAUCAAACCCCUCACACCUGAGAGACCUGGAUCUGUCAGGGAAUAAACUAGGAGACUCAGAAGUGAAGUGUCUCUCUGUUCUACUGGAGAAUCCUCACUGUAAACUGGAGAGACUGUGGUUGUAUGAUUGUGGUGUCUCAGAUGAAGGCUGUGCUGCUCUGACUUCAGCUCUGAGAUCAAACCCCUCACACCUGAGAGACCUGGAUCUGUCCUGGAAUGAUGUAGGAGACUCAGGAGUGAAGUGUCUCUCUGCUCUACUGGAGAAUCCUCUCUGUAAACUGGAGAGACUGAAGUUGUAUAAUUGUGAUGUCUCAGAUGAAGUCUGUGCUGCUCUGACUUCAGCUCUGAGAUCAAACCCCUCACACCUGAGAGACCUGGAUCUGUCCUGUAAUAAUGUAGGAGACUCAGGAGUGAAGUGUCUCUCUGAUCUACUGGAGAAUCCUCUCUGUAAACUGGAGACACUGAAUUUGUAUGAGUGUGGUGUCUCAGAUGAAGGCUGUGUUGCUCUGACUUCAGCUCUGGGAUCAAACCCCUCACACCUGAGAGACCUAAAUCUGUCCUGUAAUGAUGUAGGAGACUCAGGAGUGAAGUGUCUCUCUGCUCUACUGGAGAAUCCUCUCUGUAAACUGGAGAGACUGAAGUUGGAGUCGUGUGAUGUCUCAGAUGAAGGCUGUGCUGCUCUGACUUCAGCUCUGAGAUCAAACCCCUCACACCUGAGAGAACUGGAUCUGUCCUAUAAUAAUGUAGGAGACUCAGGAGUGAAGCGUCUCUCUGCUCUUAAGGAUGAUGAACAUUACAAACUACAGACACUGACUUUCCAUCGAUGAUAAACAUCUGUGUCAGUGUGAUGAAGACUCUGGUGUUCCUGUAUUUCCAUGUUGAAGAACAUUUAGGAGAUAUAACACAUUAAACAGACUCCAGAAACAUGAGGAGUGUAUAAGUGUAUAAUGGUCUCUGAUCCCUGGAUUAGAUUCCCAGACCUCAAUCCCAUAAAACACCUGGAAGAUUAUCUGGAACAGCAUGUCAAAAACCACAUUAUCUUCAACUGGACUGAAUAUGAACGUGUAUGGUUGUUCUCACAAGGAUUUCUUCCCAAAUAACUCACAGCUGGAUGGAGCAUUGUGUGUUCAUGAGGUAACAUGGAGCGACUCUCAGCCUGCAGUAAAUGUAGGAAUAUGUUGAGGAUGAACUGUUACUGGCAUCACAAUUUUAUGUAACGAACACAAACAAGUGGAGUUACAGACACGUGUACCUGUGCUUUUACUCUACAUCUUUAGGACUAUUCUUUAAAAAAUAAAUAAAAUAAAAUAAAAUAAAACAAUUAACCUGUUCUAACUGUUAGAACUGUUAGUUCUUAACUGUUCUAACAUUACUGAUUUCCCUGUUUGAGAUUAAUAUUUAAGUGUCAGAUGUUAAAAUCUAUUUACACAUGUACAAUAUAGCUCUUUUGCUUAAUUUUCAUAAAUAAAAUUUUAUUGUACUUAGAUACUUACACGCUUUGUGCAAUUGUAUCAAAAAAUACAUUUUGAAGAAAUAAAAUUACAUACUAUCCAAUGUUAUCCAUUUAGUCUAACGUAAGUAUGUAACAUGAGUUUUAUUGCCAAAUUAUUUUGGCAACAGUUCCAUAAGCAUAUAUUCCUUUAAAGUGCCUUUUUUUUUUUUUUUUACUUUUGUGAUGUUUUCAGAAAAGAAAUUUUUGUUGUAAUUUUUAUGUUGCAAAUUACGGUCAGAAAUGUUUCCAUAAGUUACUCAGUGUUCAUUGUAAUAUAAUCAUAUUUUAUAUUCUGGAACUUUUGACAAAUUAUGGAUGUCACAGUUACAUCUGAUGCAAUAAAAUAUUAUUUCUUUGUGCUUUAAAAAA